AUGGUGAAGCUGAGCCAAGAGUCCAAACAGCGGCUGCAGCAUCUCUUCAGGGGCAGCCAGUUUGCCAACCCCCUCAUGUUCUACCUGGGAUUUAGGAGAGGUGCAGAUCCCUGGAUGCCUGAAGCAACAGUUCUGAUCUUGCUUUGGGGAUGA